UAUUGAUGAGAAGCUGCAGUGCUGCUUUAGUCUUGUAGAAGAAUCCCUGCUGGUCUCAGUAUGAGCAGAAGCCCAGAGAGAAUGUCCUCCUACCGCCGCCACUUUGAGGGCGCGCUGGCCUCAUCUUCCUCCUGCCACAUCCGAGUCUCCAGCCCGUCUCCAGUGCGCCGCGAGACUCGGCGCUCCGCCAGCUACAGCCGUGCACGCACCAGCCGACGUGCACUUUCUGGUACACGCACUCCACGCAUGACCAGCAGUGUAAGUAUGGGCGCUCUGUGUGUUGGCAUGGGUCUUGGAUCAGGUCUAGAUCUGGAAGCUGCGGCUGCUGCCAACCAGGCCUUCCUGAGCACACGUACAAUUGAGAGACAGGAGAUGGUCACCCUCAAUGACCGCCUGGCUGUGUACAUAGAGAAGGUCCGUUCUCUGGAGCAACAGAAUAAAUUGCUGGAGACUGAAAUUGACACAUUGAAGGGCCGUUUUGUGAAGCCUUCAGGCCUGCGCAUGAUGUAUGAAGACCAGCUGCGAGAGCUGAGAAGGAUUGCUGAUCAGAUGAAGGUUCAGAGGGACCUUGCCAUUGCUGCCAAGCAAGCCAUGGCAGGGCAACUGGAAAUGAUAAAGGUCAAAUACGAGGAGGCUCUGGAAUCCAGAAAACGAGUUGAACUGGAGAUUGAAUCUUUCAAGCCGGAUGUUGAUGCAGCUACAACUGCUCGCAUUGCUCUGGAGAAGCAGCUGGAAAACCUGGAAGUGGAAAUGGAGUUUCUUCAGAGGAUUCAAAAACAAGAAAUUGAAGAGUUGAUGGCUCAGAUUUACAAAACAGAGGCAAAGGUCGAUGUGUCUUUCUCUCUGCCGGACCUGGCCACCGCCCUCAGGCAGAUCCAAUCACAAUACGACAGCAUUGCAGCACAGAAUUUGCAGGAAAUGGACGCUUGGUAUAAGACGAAAUUCCAGGAUCUGAACUUAGCAUCAACGCGACAUGUCCAAUCCGCUAGGGGCAUCAGAGAAGAAAUUAAUGCCUACAAAAAGGAUAUUCAGAAUAAGCAGCGUGAGUUGGAAGCUUUGAAGACCAGGAAUGAAGCUUUACAGGCCCAGAUACGUGAGGCCCUAGAGAGACAUAGGAAGGAGGAGGACGACUUACAGGCCCGCACUGAGACUCUGAAACUGGAAAUGAAGAUCAUAAAAGAGAAGAUAGCUCUGCUUCUGAGAGAGUACCAGGACCUGCUAAAUGCCAAGAUGGCUCUAGAGAUUGAGAUUACAACAUACAGGAAAUUGAUUGAGGGUGAGGACAGCCGCCUGACAGCCAUGGUGCGUGACCUGUCUUUGAUGAGCAGCAUAAGUGUUAGCACUGGACUGGUCAGUACCUCUGGGAUCAGUGCUAGUGGAGAUCUGGGUGGGUUGGUCGGUGGCACAGUCAGUGCAAAGGUAGCAUCCUCCACUACUGACCUACAAGGGACACUGGAAGAGUACACUCACGAGCAGGCUGUGGAGAUGACAGAAAGGAAGACUGUCCUUAUUAGAACAGUUAGGACAGAAGAGGACACUGUUCAGUGUGACACACAGGAACGCACCAUCACCAUUUCUGGAGCAGCAGACGAGUCUGGGGAAUAGGCUACUGGAAAAUGCAUGACUUUUAACCCCCAUCUACCAGCAUUCUCUUCUUCAUUGAUAACACUAACAGGCUUAAAACAUGGAAACAUGGUUGCUACGAUAACAUUGUGUGUCAUUUAAGCUCUAAAGGUUCAAUAAGAAAUCAUAAGGUAUUUUUUCCUAUCUGCUAGUGGAGGAGACAAUGUAUUCUGCUAAAAAAAACAAGAACUGACAAAUCCUCAAGCUUUUAACUUAACCCUCAAUAUAAAGCACAGCAGCAGUCAAAUGCACAAACCUAAUCUCUCUUUUGGCCAUACUCUGUUAUAGACUGUCUCCAGUUUUGUAGUCUCCACUGUGUCCUCUGAAUCUGUUCAAAUGAAUGCAAGAAAUAAACUUGACUGCAAAGCAAUUAA